AGCAAGACUCCGAGAAACAGAGAGAUAGAGAUGGAGGCACUUAAGGUAUGGAGUCUAACGGCGACGCCACUGAAGCAAUUACUCCGUCUAACUUCUUCUUCUACACGUCUCGCCACCACAAUAUAUGGAAGAAGAUCCUACCACUCAUCACCGGCGCUCCGAUGUGCCUCCGCAGCUUCUUCUUCUUCUUCCAAUGCCACGACUGCUGAAACUUCCAAACCACCCGGCCGCAACCGCCGGUCUGCUUCAUCUUCAAAUUCCACAUCUGAUCGUGAAGCUAUCCGCUCCAUUCGCCUUAAAAAGGUUGAAGAAUUGAGAGGUCAAGGUCUUGAACCUUAUGCUUAUAAGUGGGAAAAAACCCACAGUGCAAAUCAGCUUCAAGAGAUAUAUAAGCAUUUAGCUAAUGGUGAAGAAUCAGACAAUGAGAGUGAUCGUGUUUCUAUAGCUGGUAGAGUCGUUGCUCGUAGAGCCUUUGGGAAACUUGCAUUCUUGACUCUCAGGGAUGACUCUGGAACUAUUCAGCUUUACUGUGAGAAGGAGAGGCUUUCAGAUGAUCAGUUUGAACAGUUGAAGGCAUUCAUUGAUAUUGGUGAUAUUUUGGGUGCUAGUGGCUCGAUGAAGAGGACUGAGAAAGGGGAGCUUUCUAUAUGUGUGAAUUCUUUUUCAAUUCUCACAAAGUCUCUCCUUCCACUGCCAGACAAAUAUCAUGGUCUAACUGAUAUUGAUAAACGUUACCGCCAACGGUAUGUUGAUAUGAUUGCUAAUCCUGAAGUGGCUGAUGUGUUCCGGAGAAGGGCAAAGAUCGUUUCAGAGAUACGCAAGACAGUUGAGUCUUUUGGAUAUUUGGAGGUUGAAACUCCAGUUCUUCAGGGAGCAGCUGGUGGAGCCGAAGCAAGACCUUUUGUAACGUUUCAUAAUUCACUUGGGAGGGAUCUCUACCUGAGGAUUGCAACUGAGCUUCACUUGAAGAGAAUGCUGGUUGGUGGGUUUGAGAAAGUGUAUGAAAUUGGUCGUAUAUUUAGAAAUGAAGGCCUUUCAACACGUCACAAUCCUGAAUUCACGACCAUCGAGAUGUAUGAAGCUUAUUCGGACUACCAGAGCAUGAUGGACAUGGCAGAAUUAAUCGUCACUCAAUGUGCAAUGGCAGUUAAUGGGAAGCUAACACUUGAUUACCAGGGAACAGAAAUCUGCCUCGAGCGGCCUUGGAGGAGAGAAACCAUGCAUAAUCUCGUUAAAGAGAUAACAGGAAUCAAUUUUAGUGAGUUGGGGGAAGAUCUCGGAAAUGCCAAAGACACAGUUCUGCUGGCACUCCGAGACGUGCUUGAGCCCAAGGACAAAUCUGGAAUUGGAGCUUGCUCUUCCCUAGGCCAUCUGCUUAAUGAGGUUUUUGAAGUUUUUGUAGAGCCAAAGCUUGUGCAGCCUACAUUUGUCUUGGACUACCCAGUCGAAAUAUCUCCUUUGGCCAAGCCACAUCGCAGCAAUGCAGCUUUGACUGAAAGAUUUGAGCUGUUUAUCUGUGGCCGUGAAAUGGCAAACGCAUUCUCUGAAUUGACUGAUCCCGUGGACCAGAGGACGCGGUUGGAAGAGCAAGUAAGGCAACAUAACGCGAAGAGAGCAGAGGCUGCACCGGAAUCUCCUGAACCAAACGCAAAGAAAGAUGAUGAUGAUGAGUCAUACGAGGUGACCCUUGACGAAGACUUUCUCACUGCCCUGGAAUAUGGAAUGCCUCCGGCUUCGGGAAUGGGGCUUGGAAUUGACAGGCUGGUGAUGCUGUUGACAAACUCCGCGAGUAUAAGAGACGUCAUUGCUUUUCCUGUUCUGAAAGUCCAGCAGUAACUCUUAAUCAUGCCAAAAGUGGUAAUGCAUGUUGUAGCUUUUAUAGCAUUCUUGUGUAUCUUUCUUUAUUGGUGAUUUCUCCAGCAGGAAGUUGGAGUAAGGAUGUGUAACAGACGUAGUUAGACAGCAAAACAAGAAAAAAUUAUUUUAUUC